GUAAAUGUUGAUCAGUCCUAAUUUAACGCUCGACGAUGAAACUUUGGCUAGGAAUUCCUUUGGCCCUUUUAGCCCUGGGCCAAGCCCAUGGAAGCAUAUUUGAGAGGACUUUCAAAAGGAUCCAUGAGGAGCCACCACUCCCAACCAUUCAGAAUCGAGCGGAUGUAGUUCAAACCCUUUGGAUUGAACAGAAGCUGGAUCACUUCGACCCGGCAGAAACCCGCACAUGGCAAAUGCGGUAUAUGCUCAACGAUGCACUUUACACGUCUGGAGCGCCUCUUUUUAUUUACCUUGGAGGAGAAUGGGAGAUCUCAUCGGGCAGAAUAACUGGUGGUCACCUAUACGACAUGGCCAAGGAGCACAAUGCUCUUUUGGCCUACACAGAGCACCGCUACUAUGGACAAAGCAAGCCCUUGCCUGAUCUUUCGAAUGAAAACAUUAAAUACCUGAGUGUAAACCAGUCCCUGGCUGAUCUGGCUUAUUUCAUUAACACCAUCAAGCAAAUCCACGAAGGACUGUCCGAGUCCAAGGUCAUUAUUGUUGGAGGUUCCUACUCCGCCACAAUGGUCACCUGGUUUAAGAAGCUCUAUCCCGAUCUGGUGGCUGGAGGUUGGGCUUCCAGUGCUCCGCUCUUUGCCAAGGUCAACUUUGUAGAGUACAAGGAAGUCACUGGCCAAUCCAUCGAACAAAUGGGCGGAUCUGACUGCUACAAGCGAAUUGAAAACGGCAUUGCCGAGAUGGAGACCAUGAUAGCCACCAAGCGAGGUGCAGAGGUCAAGGCCAUACUCAAGUUGUGCGAACCCUUUGAUGUAUACAGCGAUCUGGAUGUUUGGACAUUGUUCAGCGAGAUUUCCGAUAUUUUUGCGGGCGUAGUGCAGACUCACAAUGCUGGCCAAAUUGAGGGUGUUUGCCAAAAGAUAAUGGCUGGAUCGAAUGAUCUUAAUGGCGUGGCUGGAUAUUUGUUGGAAGUAUUCGAGGAGAGCGGUGGAAAAUGCUACGACCUCAGUUAUGAUGCAAUUACUGCAUUGCUUCUGGACACUAAUUACAAUGGCAACAUCAUGCGUCAGUGGAUCUUCCAGACCUGCAAUGAAUACGGUUGGUAUCAGACCUCUGGCUCAACAGCACAGCCCUUUGGCACCAAAUUCCCUGUAACCUACUAUACCACCAUGUGUGCCGAUUUAUAUGGCUCACAGUAUAGCAACGAGUUCAUUAGCAACCAAGUGAGCACCACCAAUCAGUUCUUUGGGGGAUUGUCUCCCGGUGUGGAAAAUGUCUACCUCACCCAUGGGCAAUUGGAUCCCUGGAGGGCGAUGGGGAUUCAGGACGAAAGUCAGGCCACUAUUAUUCCAGAGCAUGCCCAUUGCAAGGACUUCAAUUCGAUCAGCUCGAGUGACACUGCUGAAAUGAAGGCUUCCAAAGAACGCAUUGCCGAACUGGUCCGCGAAUGGGUUAAAUAAUCGUAGAUAAGGUCACUGCUAAUGAAAAACCCCAAAUAAAAUUUAGCGGAUUCGACUUAUAAACAAA